AUGUCCUCGACGGCUUACUCGGCACACUUGCAGCGCACCGUCGUGCCCCAGCUCGCGGCGGUACGCGACGCGAUCGCGGGUGUGGACGGUGACAUUGCGGAUUACGAACAAGUCGCCCGCCGCCUGGCCCGCUCCGACCCCUCGCGCAGCCACAAGACCCCCGCCGAGCUCGGCGUCGGCGUGUGGGUCGACACGGUCGUGCACGACGCCAGCGUCGUCACCCUCGACCUCGGCCUCGACGUCCACAUGUCCCUUCCCGUCGCUGAGGCCGCCGCGUACGCGACCAAGCGCGCAGAGGUGCUCCGCAAGAAGCGCGCCGCGCUCGUCCUCCGCGAGGAGCGGCUGAGCUGGGAGGUGGAGCAGUUUGAAGGCGCCAUCAAGGAGGCCGGCGCUCGUGAGGCCGCUGCUGGCGCAGCUCCUUCUGCCGCAUCGUCAUAG